CCGCCUCUCUCCCCGCACGCACCUUCUAGGUUCCUGUGGCCACCCCAACUUUGCCCAAGCUAGGCUUGCGCCCUAGCCCCGGGGAGAUGCCCAGAGCCUGUCCCUCGGCUCUUUCGGCCCCUCGGAUUCCCGAGCCCGGGCAGUGCCUCCUUAAGCAGCGUCUACAAGGCUGAAAGUUGAGGCGGGGGUUUUGUUCUUAUAAGGAGGGAAAAAAAGUUUCUCCGACAUCCAGGAAAUGAGCAACCCCCAAAGCCCAUUAGGGCCCUGCUGAUGGAGGCCAGAAGAUCGGAGACAGCAGCGCUAUCGCCGGCUCCUGGGAGUUCAUUAGGUGGAGAAACACCGGGCAGCAGUUAAACCGCUGUCACACCUAAGUUUCCAACUCGCUGAAAACUUUUUGGGGACCCACCUACCCGCUUGUGGGUGGGGGGAAAGUAGCGGGUCAGGGAGCCAGCAGGCAGACGUCGGGUCGACUGCUUGCAGGAAGUUUUCAGCAUGACUGCAGGAAUCUUCAGGGUCUGCCUAGUGGUGGUCACUGCCAUCAUCAAUCAUCCAAUCCUGUUUCCUUGGGAGAAUGCCACAAUCCCAGAAAACGAGGAAGAAAUCAUCCACAAGAUGAGGGCGCACCAGGAGAAGCUGCAGCUGGAACAGCUGCGGCUGGAAGCGGAGCUGGCCAGACUGGAGGAAGAGAAGGAGCCCCCGAAGCAAGCUGCUGAGGAUGGCCAGCAGCAGAAUGAAGGCCGGUUGGCCUGGGACCUGUGGAGUACCCUCUGCAUGAUCAUUUUCCUGAUGAUUGAGUUGUGGAGGCAGGACUACCUGGAUGGCAUCCCUCCUGACUCUCCUGGAGAGGAAGACGACCUUCACAGUCCGAGGAUCACCUUUCAAGGCAUCAGCCUCCCUGAUAAGGUGACGCUCUCCCACUUUUAUGAGCGAUGCAUCCGAGGGACUACUGGAGAUGCCGUCCGGACUCGGGAGUUCGUGGAAGGCUUUGUGGAUGACCUCCUGGAGGCGCUGAGGAGUGUGUGCAACCGGGACGCUGACAUGGAGGUCGAAGAUUUCAUUGGUGUGGGGAGCGCGUACGAGAACUGGAGAGUGGACAAGCCAGUGCUGUGCGACCUCUUCGUGCCUUUCACACCCCCGGAGCCUUAUCGCUUCCGCCCAGAGGUCUGGUGUGCCAGCAAGUCAGUCCCCUUGGACCUCCGGGGUUACGGCCAGAUCCGGGUAGGCUGGGUCAAUGAGGGCUCUGCAAACUGCAUCUGUGGCAAGGCCAAGCUGGGGGAGGACUUGCUCUGCCUCCUGCACAGUAAGGACAACAAGAUUCGGCCCAGCAGCGAGAGGGAAGACCUGCUGUGCUUCAAGGACUCUCCAUUCUUGGAUAUGGACCAGGUCAUGAAGUGGUUCCAGACGGCCCUCACCAGAGCCUGGCAGCGCAUCUCCCGCAAGUACGAGUUCGACCUGGCCUUUGGCCACCUGGAUACCCCGGGAUCCCUGAAGAUCAAGUUUCGUUCGGGGAAGUUCAUCCCCUUCAACCUCAUCCCAGUGGUUCAGUGUGAGGAUUCGGAUCUAUACUUUGUCUCUCACUUUCCCAGGGGCCGUCCUGUGGGGGCCCCGGCCUCCAGCACGCACUGGUUCCUCUCCUUUGCCGUCUAUGAGAGACACUUUCUUAAGAUGAUCACCAAGGCAUUGCCAGAAAACGCCUGUCACCUCAGCUGCCUCCAGAUCGCCUCCUUUCUGCUAACAAAGCAAAACCGCUUGACAGGCAUCAGUGGUCUCAGCAGCUAUCACCUAAAGACAGCGUUGCUUCACUUGCUGCUGGCCCAGCCAGCUUCUGACUGGAGGUCCGAGCACCUGGAAUCCCGCCUGAAUGACCUGCUCUGCUUCCUGGAGAAGAGCCUUCUAGAAAAGAAGCUCUACCACUUCUUCGUGGGCAACCAGAAGGUGCCCGACACCAUGGGCAUCCCUGAGGUCUUCAGACAGGCAGAGCCCUUAAACCUCUUCUGUCCCUUUGUCCUUCAGCGAAGCCUCUAUCAGAAAACAGUAGAUUCCUUCUAUGAGAUGUUGAAGAAUGCUUCUACCCUCAUCAGCGAGUACUCCUUGCAUAUCCCUGCUGACCACUCCAGCUCACUCCAGAAACGGACUCUCUCUUAGGGUAGCAGGAAGGCAAGGACCAAGGUCAGGGGGCAUAAAACAUUCCUCUCCCAGGUCCCAGGCCUUCAGAAUCACUUGGAAACCCAGACCUGAGAAGGGCAGACUUUUUUUGGAGUUGGUACUCAUGCUCUGGAGGAAGCCAGUGGCCUUUAAGAGCAGAGAAUGUGGGACUUGGGGACCCCAAAGGCAACAGCUCGACUGCUUUUAUACCACUUUAGCUGGUUGGUGAUUGAUGGUUCCAUUUACUUUAGGAAUCAUUCCUUUUUAAGCUCUGUUUGAUUUCUCUCUCCUUUUCCUUCCUCCCCUUCAAUCACUAUGGAGUUGGUGUUCUACAGCAGGGAAGUGAGGAACAGUUCCAAGCUUCUCGACUUGGGUGUAAUCUUUUCUUUUUCUUUCUUUCUUUUUUUCUUUUUUUUUUUUUUACAUCAGGUCCACAAUCUCUACUUGAAUAGCUUUGCUUUAAGGAAAGCAGAGCAGGGAGUCUCAGGAAAUGACAAGGAGAGCACAAACGGCAGAUGUUGAAAGAAGCACCUAGCUUUUCUUAAAACUUACUAGGUCCUUCCUUUGGCUGUGGGCUCCUGCAACCAGAAGUACCACCUGCAUCCUCAUGUUAGAAUUUCCAGACUCAGCCUCACAUCCUAUGUAGCCAUCAUGGCUACUAUUUAUAUAAAAACAGAAAAGAAGGAUAAUGGGGAUGCAAGGCAGUGGUAAGCUGAUGCCUCAGCUACAUGGAGCAUGUAUAAAGAUUGAAAUGAAGCAGGUUCCUCCAGCAUCCACUGAGCUACUCCCUUGCCCCAGCUUCAUGGUAUACCAGCUCCUCAGAGCACAAAAGCUCACCUGUGUGGGUUCCGGCUUCCCCUUCACUCUGCCCUUUCUCUCACCUGUCCCUUUUCUGUGGUGGCCGCUAAGCUGGCAUUCUUGCUAGUAGAAUAAUGGGGCAUAUAUAAUAAAGUGGGGUUGGGGUAUGGAUUCUAGGUAAGUAUUAAAAGGGGAGGGUGCGGGAAGAAGCUGAGAUUACAGAAAGAUAUUUUGGAGGUGGGGUGGAGGAGAGAAUACCAAGGGCUAAUUUCAGAGCCUGAUGGUUACUGUGAAGAAAGUAUCCACUCCCUACAACAUUUUUGGUGCUAAGACCCAUCUGUUCUCGUAGUUUGGCCCCAGAGUCUACCUUUCCUAAUCCUUUGUGUGUCAUGACUCUGAAGUCCCAGAACUGAGGAAAGCAUAUGAAAUGAUCAGCGAGAGAACCAUGGGCAGCAGAAGAAGCAGUCCUAUGGGUUUUCAUAGGACAAACACCUAGAAGGGCUCUGAAGAAGCCCAGGAAGGCUCCUUGUCAACCUACAUAGAACCUUCUGGCUGAGCUUCUGCAAGAUGCUUAAAUGUGCAUUACGGAAUCCAUCCCUGCCUGCAUUUUACUAUAUGAGUGACUCAGAAGCAAAACCACAAAUGUCUCAGAAAAAAAAAAAAAGAAGCAGAGCCUUCCCAUGUCCCCAGCCAGCAGCCUACCAGCCAUUGUCAGAACACUGCAAUAACUUAGCAAGUUUUGCCCCAAAUGUAUUUGAUCUGAACCACAGGUGAUGGAGGACUUGGGCAUGGGAAAGGCAGUUCAUAAAGGAAUGGACUAUAGAAGUUCUCUAGCAUUGAAGCCUGGCAUAGGUGGCACCAGCCCGUGGUAAUUUUCACUUGUACCCACUGGUAUUUGGCAGUACCUUCCUCCAUGCAAAUGAAGCCAGAAAGAAAGGGGUUGGGGGAGGGAGGAAAGAAGUUGAACAAUUACCUUGGUACAGUUUCUCUCCCAACUCUACACCCUUCCCUGCCCUAGCAAUACAGAGUUACUGAAUAACUCAUCUAUUGAUCUUUAGGGGUGGGAUCCCUGUCAUGCCUGAGCAAAAGAAAUAAUUUCCCCAUCUACCUCUUUCUGACUCUUGAUAAAAGCCACUCUCCUCCCAGGGAUUCUUGACAGUUUGCUAAAUGAAAAGUAAUUAUUAGAAAGGGAAUCCUGAAUGGUGAAGGCUCUGGCUAGGGGUAGUUUAAAAAAAAAAACUUAAAAAAAAACCCCAAACCUUAAAACUAGCUUCUAGUCCAUGUAGGUUACUGAUAACACAGGGUACUAACUUAUCCCUACCUAUCAAGGCAGUACAAUUGAGUGAAAGUGACUUCCUGGAGGCAGGAGAAAAGUUUCCUCUCUGCACUGAUUCUUGUUUCCCACAGGGAUAUGCAGCUAUCCCUCCUUGUGCCAUCCAGGUGUCAUAGCCCAACCCUCUAAAGCACUUGGUGGUGGUAGCUGCUGAACCAUGGGUGGUCAGUUGCCUUAUUUAUUGCAGUCUUUUUCUUUUCAAACCCCUAUUCUGGACUCAUCUGAUGCUCUUUGAAGAGACUACAGAGAUCAGGGACCAAAUGAAGUCCAAGACCCAACCCAAACCCCAUUGACUUUCCUCUUUGAUUCCAUGGAAUAUUUUGCUAAGGAAUAUACUCUGCCUUUUUUUUUUUUUAUUUUUAAGACAAAUCCUAACAGGGCGAAAGGGAUCUCUUUUUUUAUCCAAAUACUGCUUCUAAAGCAGAAUGUUGUUGAAGUUUUUGUCUGCACUCGGUAUUUUUAUGCCGCCUUAUUUAUAUUAAAGAGUUAAAUCUUGUAAAAA